UUCCAUGUCACGGUUUGUUCUCGUUUUAGGCUUUUGCCAAAGUCUUUAACACAACCCCAGAUGACCUCGAUAUGCAUGUUAUCUAUGAUGUGUCUCACAACAUUGCCAAAGUGGAGCAACACGUAGUGGAUGGGAAGGAACGGACUCUACUGGUGCACAGAAAAGGAUCAACCAGAGCCUUCCCUCCUCAUCAUCCUCUUAUUGCUGUUGAUUAUCAACUGACUGGACAGCCUGUUCUGAUUGGUGGGACUAUGGGCACGUGUAGCUAUGUUCUUACUGGCACAGAGCAAGGCAUGACUGAGACAUUUGGAACUACUUGCCACGGAGCUGGUCGUGCACUGUCUCGAGCCAAAUCUCGACGUAACUUGGACUUCCAGGAUGUACUGGACAAACUGGCUGACAUGGGCAUUGCCAUCCGUGUUGCUUCUCCCAAACUGGUCAUGGAAGAAGCACCAGAGUCUUAUAAGAAUGUGACAGAUGUUGUUAAUACCUGCCAUGCAGCUGGCAUCAGCAAGAAAGCCAUUAAGUUGAGACCUAUUGCUGUUAUAAAAGGCUAGGAACUGACAAGGCAGCAGAAACACACCAACAUCUUUAGGCCUUCUGCAAAACUUCUGCAAAAUCAUCAUCUUCCCAGAACUUUGGACUCAAUAAUCUACUCAGAUAUUACAUCACUGUUAUGGAAACACAGAAGAUGCCCCUAUUUUUAACCAUGUCUAGACAUAAAUAAUGGCUCCAGCUCCUUGUUAUAUGGCGUUCUUUUCUUAUGGAAACGGUAAAGAAAUCCGUCUUGUUUUGUUUUGUAUGCAGUUUCUCCCCCCCAUUUGGCUGGUUGUUCCCAAGGCAGAACUUCUGAUUUUCCUGAGUUAUCACUAAUUACUGUGCUGCAAGACCACCUCCAUCAGCAAAGGUGACAUAUGAGCCAGACCUCCCAUCUCUGCACCUGAGUGCCUGGAGCUCUUUCCAUGUACAGAAGUACCCUGAUAGGCAGGGUAUAGCACCUCUGGGCAGGGAGAGGUCUCUCUGUUUGCAGGUAUCUAUAUUGUUGCAUGUUUUCUGGCAGUUGAAUAAAAAAUACAGAGUUGGGAGUGGUCUCCCACUUGGGCUGAGAGGCACUAGCUAGGUUUGAGGAGCAGUCUUCUCCUCUCCCCCCACCCUCUACCAUGUACCACAGCACUUGAUGUGCUUGGCUGUGCCCAAGUAGGUGUCUGCAGUAUUGUGUAAAAGCUGGUAGAAAUGUUAUUUUGAAAGGUCUUGUUUGCCCAAUAGAAUUGCACUUUCACAGCUUAGAGAUCUAGUGUUUUGAAAAGUCCUAAGUGUGUGAAAGUUGGAUUGGAUAGUGUUAUUCACUGUGUCCAGCAACUGAUUGAAAUGAGUCCAGUUGCAGGGUCAGGCCCAGUAGGAUGAGACUGCUUUCAGCUGAUGUUGUUUCUUUUCUUUAAUUAAAUAAGGCUGGAGUGGGAGCUGAUCAUCCCCACUAGAUCAUAUUGGAUAUUAUAAAUAAAAUGGGAAGAUGGACACUGCAGUGUCUGUGUCAUGUUUAUUCUGUGACUGUUGCCCACUUCUAAGUGCAUAUACCAGCAUGGAACCCAGGACAUCUUGUGACUUCAGCUGAUGGACCUUGCAAAGAAAUGUGCAGGUGACAGAUUUUUUUGCAGGAUGCAGAGGAGGAAGCCUCUGUAUGCAGACACAAGAGGGCAGCAGGAGGAGCAUAAAACUAAAAGCAAGAAGGGAGCUAUCCCUGCCAGAAAUUCGUGUAAAGGAAGCAAAUAGUGAUGAGUGGACUUGACUGCCUUUUGAGGAAGCAUCCCUUUAGGUUUAGGUUGAUCUCAGGAGGCGUAACAGCAUUUUGUUGCCUUAAUCAUUAUGUUUAGCAGUGUCUUAAGCUUCAGUAUGAUAUUAGCUGCAAGUUAUAAGAAGCAGUACAUACCUUGAUUCCUUUAAUUCCAUCUUUGGCUUAAAGAGGGUGUCUUGUUUCUAGCUUUCUGAAGUGGAAUUGCUCCAUCUCUGAGGUUUGAGAUGGACUCACUGGGUUUCAAAAGAAAAAAACUUCACUUAACGAUGUGAAAUAGAGUUGUGGAGACACUGACUGAAAGACAAGUUGUUGGUCGCAGUCUUCUGCAGAAGUACAUGUUCUGUUCUGCAGUUUCUGUCUAAAUACUGCAGACUCUUUGAUGUGGAAUGCAGAGGAGCUUUUAAAACAUUUGUGUUUAAAAACAAGGAAGCAUUUCUCAAACACUUCUCCUUUCCUACCAUUUUAGAUUUACAGCUAGAUCUCAGCUUUGCAGCUGAAACAAAUUUCAGUUUCUUACAAGCACAGAUCUUCUGUACCAUGUAGGUGCUCUCAUAUCUAUGCCAUAAGCCUCUUCUGAUCAUCAACAUUCAUGCAUUAGCCUUCAAGAAAUCAAAAAGUGGGGGCAAUUUUGGGUUCCUAUUGCAAAGCUACUAUUAGUUUUGGUUGUAUAUUGUGCUGUACAGAGAUGACUGUUGGUUUCCUAACCACCUGAAAAGUAAGUAAAAAUGAAAGAUGUCUCCCAGUUAUGUCACUUGUAUUUAAAAUUGGAUGUUCUGAUUAAAGGCUGUCUUUUUCUCCA